CCGUUCUGUCAUUCAUUCCCUCCCUUGUGCUCCCAACCGCGCACACUCUCUCACCAAUCAUCCAUCCAUAACCAAACGAUAUACCGAGAAAUGCACCAAACAACACUGAACGACGCCGCCCUCGCCCUCUCACGGGUCCUGACCUUCCACCGAAUCCACCACACCUUCUUCGGCGGCUUCGCCAUCCUAGCUACGGGCGCGGACCACCGCGAGUCGAAAGACUUGGACGUCCUCGUCUCCGCCCCCAAAUCGACGAUAACCGACAUCCUCUCCGACCGUCGCGACUGGCUGGAAAUCCCCCAAUCGAGGGAGGACUACGUGGCCUACUUCUGGAAUUCGGGUUCCUUCACCACCUCCCCCCUCGAGCCGAAGCACAUGGUGCUGGUGGAGAUGUUUGUCGGGCAGCACGACAAGGCUCGCUUCCCCGAGAGUCGGAACACGGUGCUCAGGGGCUGCAAGAUGGGCACCAGCUACGUCCCCAUCGCCAACGAGGAUGUACUGUUCCGUGGAAAGCUGAAUGCCUGCGCGAGCAGGGGGAAGAGGAGCGACGCUCAGGAUGUUGACUACCUCGUCGCCACCUACGGGGAGAGGUUGAAGGUUGUCGCCAAGAGUUUGGACAAGAGGACCGUGGGAUUGGCCGUGAGGAGGCAUCCGGAACUCAGGAAGGUACUGGCAGAGUUGGGCGUUGGUACCCGCGGCGCAGUUUGGGGGGUUAGGAAGGCGAAGAUUGAGGCUGCGGACGUGCCGCAGAUGUGGGAUGUGCAUCGGGGGUUGGGACUCGAGUGCGCUUAGGGCAUUCGCCCGUUCAUUCAUUCAUUCACUUUGUCAUGGCUGUUGAUGGGUUUGGAAUUGGGAUUGGAUGGAGUUUUUUUUUUUUCUUUUUUUUUUCUGCGUGGCUAGUGGUUGGGGGAGGGGUAAUGGUGUGGGUUAUUCGUUCGUUUUAUUUUUUGAAAAGGUGCAUCGGUUCUGGUUUUGGUUCUUUCAAUUUUUUCUCUCUCUUUUUUCUCUUUCUCAUCUCCAUCUUCUCAUUCCCGGGUUUU